AGAUGAGCUUUUCACGCAUGCGCAGUCCUUCAGUCUACAUAAAACAAUCCUCGGUGGGCAUCUUGCGCUGAUCUGGUGUUGAGCAUCAUAUCCUCGAUUGAUUCACGGUAGUGAUAAUUGAACACAGCAUCAUUAUGGCAGCUAGUGGAUAUACGGUGCAGGCAGCGGUGCUCCUGCUGGCGCUCCAGCUUCUCAGUCUCGGUGCAGCAGAUGCGGAUCAGGAGACAGGGACCGUCAUCCCUGCCGAAAGUCGUCCAUGUGUGGACUGCCACGCGUUUGAGUUCAUGCAGAGGGCACUGCAAGACUUAAAGAAGACGGCGUUUAACCUGGAUGCCCGGACGGAGAUGCUGGUGCUGAGGGCGGAGAGGAGGGCUCUGUGCGACUGUAUGACCACCAACUCACUGCGCUGAACUCUGCACUCCACCUGAAGACUCUUCCACCUGCCGUCAGAAACACUGAAAAACAACCUCUCCUCAUACUAACUUAUUUACACCAUGGGCACUUUAUUUUCUUUUCUCUCAUGUAAAUGUUGAGUGAAGCUUUGAUUUGAAUUUCAUCAUGAGGCACGUUGUUGUUUUGUUUUGUUUUGUCUGGGACGACUUUUAUACCACUGAUGUUUUAACUCGUGUUCGUAGAAUGACUCCGUUUCUGUCGCCACAGGAUUCAAAUCAUUAUCGACGUGUCUCCUGUGAAGCAUAAACUCUUUUUUUGUACUUUUUUCGUAUUUGACUGUAUAAUGUAGAUACAGUAGAAUGCGUCGGUGAAGUUAACUUGUCGAAUGUCUUGUGUGAGAUUAAUGUUGACGAUGAUUUUACACAUCAAACUGUAGCAUCAUGUGGAGUUUAUUUAACAGCUCGAAUACGCGAGCCAAGCUUUUUCGACCGUAAAAAAUCGGAUGGGUAACCAACUUAGAAAGUUAUUUUAAUUUCAAAAGAAAUGGCCACCAGAGAGAAAUUAGAAGUUUUACCACAAGUUGAAGAAAUAAUACCUUAAUUUCUUUUCUUUUUUUACUUAUUAGGCCAAAAAAAAAAGCGUUCUUUGAAGUCUUGAUUUAGCACAGCACUGUAGCAUGAAUUUACAGCACUUUUUGUUAACCUACUGUUAAUAUAGAUUGUAUGUAUAGAUUAUGUAUAAGUACACGGGUACAUGUAGUCACAGACUUGUUCUCUGUGUGACAGACGUGUAUGCUAAAGUAUCAGAUGAACUGCAAUAUCAGCAGGGGAAGGGCGGCGUGAUGGAGCGAUGACGUACAGAUGGAAUAAUAUUUGUCUUAUUUGUUGCUUGUUCAUGAUCAGUGUACUUUGUUCACAUUAUGUCACAAGACGCCCAAUUUAUUGUCUUAAUGUUGUACCUAACAAUAAAAUGUAUGACCUCUG